AAACUACCAUAUAUUAAAUAUAAUAUAUGUUGGAUUAAACUGGAGUGUCAAAUAAUCAACGAUCGAACUAGUUCGGAACUGAACAGUUGACCAUCAUCUGUUUUCUAUAUCUGCACGCAUGCAGUGUUAUCAAUUAAGCAUUCAUAUAUAAUAAAAUAUAUAUAGAUUUAAACUAAAAUAAUUAUAUUAUGGGACGCCUUAUUCUCGAGCAUACGCUGCAGGGUCACAAAGGCCGAAUUUGGGGCGUUGCAUGGCAUCCGAAAGGAAAUAGUUUCGCUUCUUGCGGCGAAGACAAAGCCAUCAGAAUUUGGUCUCUGUCAGGAAACACUUGGACAACGAAGACGAUACUAUCGGAUGGACAUAAGCGUACCAUACGCGAGGUACGCUGGUCUCCGUGCGGUGAGUAUUUGGCGUCGGCUAGCUUUGAUGCCACCACAGCCAUUUGGUCCAAGCACGAAUGCACUGCAACGCUGGAGGGGCACGAGAACGAGGUAAAGAGCGUCAGUUGGUCACGCAGUGGUGGCCUGUUGGCCACUUGUUCGCGUGAUAAGUCUGUGUGGAUCUGGGAAGUAGCUGGCGAUGAUGAGUUUGAAUGCGCUGCAGUACUUAAUGCCCACUCGCAGGAUGUGAAGCGUGUAGUGUGGCAUCCAACAAAGGAGAUCCUGGCCUCCGCUUCGUAUGAUAACACAAUUAAGAUGUUUGCCGAAAGUGCACUGGACAGCGAUUGGGAUUGUACGGCAACGCUUAGCUCGCACACGAGCACCGUUUGGAGCAUCGAUUUCGAUGCCGAGGGUGAGCGCUUAGUCUCCUGCAGCGAUGAUGCGACACUGAAGAUCUGGCGUGCCUAUCAUCCAGGCAAUGAGGCGGGCAUUGCAACGCCCGAUAAGACAACUGUGUGGAAGUGUGUGUGCACCCUCUCCGGCCAGCACUCUCGUGCCAUCUACGAUGUGUCCUGGUGCAAGCUGACGGGUCUGAUAGCCAGCGCGUGCGGGGAUGACGGCAUACGCAUUUUUAAGGAGUGCAACGAUUCGAAACGAGAUGAACCUAGCUUUGAACUGUUAACUGGCGAGGAGAGCGCCCAUGAACAGGAUGUGAAUGCGGUGGAAUGGAAUCCGGUGAAUGCUGGUCAGCUAAUCUCCUGCAGCGAUGACGGUACCAUUAAACUAUGGAAGCUGCAGGAAUAGUUCUAAGGUCUUUGUGUAUAAUAU